UCUCCUUGUGACAAACAGGACUUGUGUGUGCCUGGACAAAAUCUUUGAGGUGAUGAUAAGUAAGAGAAUUGUCCCCAUGUGACACUUCCUGACAUGGAAUCAUUACUGAAGAGAAUGUGGAAAAAUUGUAAGAUUCAGAUGUGGUGGAUAAUGUCAAUAAACAAUUUUCUAGACACUGAAGAAUAAUGAAACAUCUUAGUUCAGAGUGAUUGUAAGGAUAUCUACAAGCCCAAUGUGGUGGAACAGACACCAAGAUGGAGGUCUCUGGAAUGUUGGCAAGCCAUUGAAAGGCAAGACUAUGACUCUUGAGGUCCAACCCUGUGACUCCAUGAACAGCGUCAAGACUGAGAACCAAGAUCACUCCUGAUGAUUGGUGGUUGGGAUUUGCGGCCAGCAGAUAAAGAGUGGCUGCACCCUGACCAACAUCAAAGUCGAGAAAGAUUCCCACCCUGUUCCUAGUUCUGUACAUGUGUGAUAAAAAAGACACCCCUUUGCCAGUUUCUGUAGAAGUAAAACAAUGACAAGACCAUGCACUGGUCUGUAGAAGGAGGAGCUUCUUGUUCUUCCAGGCCGUCCAGAACUGAAACAAUCACACAGAAAUUGUAUUAAUCAAAUCACUGCUUGUCCCAUUAGCUCUAGCUUCUUAUUGGCUAACUCUUACCUCUUAAUUUCACCUAUUUUUAUUAAUCUAUAUCACCACAAGGUCAUGGCCUACCAGCAAAGUUCCAGCAUGUCCUCUCCAGUGGCAGAUCCUUGGCAUCCCAUGACCUUGCCUUUCUAUCUCACAACAUUCACUCCAGUCCCUCCACCUACCUAAGUUCUGCCGUAACAAAAGGCCAAGGCAGUUUCUUAAUCAUUAAUGUUAAUCACAGUACACAGAGGGGAGUCCCACAUCACUACUGCCUACAAGGUCUGCCCACACUUGAACCCAUGUGCAGGCGAACGCCUCCAAACCAACAACCUGUAGACCAAAAUAAUCAAACAAUGCUUGGACCUUGGUUGUCCCAGGACACCCAAACCCAGCACCUUUUUUAUUUUUUGCCUGAGCAGAAGGACACAGGAAAGUGAUGAUGCUAAGACUGAGCUACUGACAAGGAUCAGUGUAUAAGUGCUGCUGCCAACCUUCAAUCCUGACCCGGAUCCACAUUGCACAAGGAGAUAACUGCUUCUUUCUGUAGCUGUCCUCUGACCUCCAAGCAGUACUGUGGCACAUGUAAAUAUACCCCAAUGAAGAAAAAGCAGUGUCUGUACCUCUGCCCAUGAACACAGUUGCAGCGUCCAGGAGGAGAUGCCAUGGACUUCACGUUCACAGCCCUGCUCUGUGUGGGACUUACUCUGGGCCUCUGGACCCCAGUGCUGGCAGCUGCUCAUUUCCACACAGGAUCCCUCCCUAAACCUAUCCUCAGAGUACAGCCAGACUCGGUGGUCUCUGAGCAGACUACAGUGACCUUCUUGUGUAAUGGGACUGCGAGAGCUGAAGAGUACAGUCUCUAUAAAGACCAGCGUCUACAGUUCACAGAGAUUCCACAGAACCCUAAGAACCAGGCUGAAUUCUCAAUCUCAAAAGUUCACCGACAACAUGCAGGGCGAUAUCGCUGUCGCUAUUGGACCUCUGAUGAACAGUCUGAGUACAGUGACUCUGUGGAGCUUGUGGUGACCGGUGUUUACAGUAAACCCAGCCUGUCAGCCCUGCCCAGUCCUGUGGUGACUGAAGGAGGGAAUGUCACCCUCCAGUGUGCCUCAAGUCAGCAAUAUCACAGGUUACUUCUGACUAACAAAGGAUCACAGAAACAGUCCUUUACUAAAUACUCACAAUAUAAUUACUCUACUAGACAGUUCCAGGCUCAAUUCUCUGUGGGUCCUGUGACCUCCAGUCAAAGAUGGAUAUUCAUGUGCUACAGUUAUCACAGUUACAGCCCACAGGUGUGGUCAGAACCUAGUGAACCCCUGGAGCUCCUGGUCUCAGGGACGUUCCACAAACCCACCAUCAAGGCUGAACCAGGAUCCAUUGUAGCCUCGGGAAUACUCAUGACCAUCUUGUGUCAGGGGAACCUGGAUGCAGAAAUCUAUGUUCUGCAAAAAGAGGGAAGUCAGAAACCCUUGGACAUGCAAACCCCAGAGAAGCCUGAGAACAAAACCAAGUUCUCCAUCCCCUCUGUGACACAUUUACAUGCAGGGCAGUAUCACUGUUACUGUUACAGCUCAGCUGGCUGGACAGAGCGCAGUGACACCCUGGAACUGGUGGUGACAGGAAUCCACAACAGUAAACCCAGGCUGUCAGCCCUGCCCAGCCAUGUGGUGAUCUCAGGAGGGAACAUGACUUUCCAGUGUGUCUCAGGGGAGAGAUAUGACAAGUUCAUUCUCACCAAGGAAGAUCAGAAGUUCCUCAGCUCCGUGGACUCACAGUAUAUACACAGUACUAGGCAGUACCAAGCCUUAUUCUCUAUAGAUCAUGUAACACCAAACCUCACAGGAACAUUCAGAUGCUAUGGUUACUACAAGCAGACUCCACAGCUGUGGUCAGUACCCAGUGACCCCCUGGAAAUACACAUCUCUGGCCUAUCUAAGAAUCCAUCCUUGCUGACUCACCAAGGCCAUAUUUUGGACCCUGGGAUGAACUUUACCCUGCAGUGUUGCUCUGACAUCAGCUAUGACAAAUUUGCUUUGUACAAGGUGGGCAGAACUGACUUCCCCCAACACUAUGGCCAUAGGGCCCAGGCUUGUCUCUCCUUGGUCAACUUCACACUGGGCUCUGUGAGCAGCUUUACUGGAGGCCAGUACAGAUGCUAUGGUGCACACAACCUCUCCUCUGAGUGGUCAGCCUCCAGUGACCCCCUGGACAUCCUGAUCACAGGACAGUUUGAGGUCCGUCCUUCCCUCUCAGUGAAGCCUAACUCCACGGUACACUCUGGAGACAAUGUGACCCUGUUGUGUAAGACAGCUGAUGCAGUGGACACCUUCAUUCUGUCCAAGGAGGGAGCAGCGCACCAACCCCAGAGACUAAAACCAAAGCUCCAUGUUUCUGAGUUCCAGGCAGAAUUCUCCAUGAGUGCUGUGACCUCUGACCUCUCAGGCACAUACAGGUGCUAUGGUUCUCAUUACUCAUCUCUCUACCUGUUGUCAUAUGCCAGUGCCCCUGUGGAGCUCAGUGUCUCAGGUUCCAUUGGAGUCUCAACCCCACCACCCUCAAGGCCCCUGAAAACAGAUGGUGAGUAUCAGGCAAGUCAAUACAGGGAGUACACUCCAAGCCCAGGCUGCCUCACAGCUGUUACUCCACUGAUGUCCUCUUUUCUCUGUCACUUCAGCUUGUUAGGGAAGGAGGCAAACAGAUCCCAAUGCAGACCCUAGACAACCAAGACUUAGAGGUUGAGGUACAGAAUGUGCAGAAUGCGGUGUUGAGAGAUAGAUGCUCUGACUCAGUCUGGUGGAUGGGACAUGUGCGUGAGGUGGAGAGAAGGGAUUCCCAAACAGUCACCUCCACAUCCUGCCUCUAAGACCUUGACAACAAACCUCUCACCUGCAUGAAUCUGGCCCCAGAGGGCAAAUAAGCACUCUGUUGGGAGGUGGGGUCUUGAUGGGGAAUAGCUUUUUAUGGGCUUGACACAUGUAUUUGUUGAGAUGUUAACUGUUAACUUGGACAAGUCCUUCCCAUUCUAUGCUGGCUGCUGUUUCUUUGAAUAUAAAGGGGAGAGGCCUGCCCCACAUGUGUAAUUUUUUUUUCAGUUCUGUCCUUGAAUGGCACCUAUACUAAUAAAGGAGGCUUCCAGAACCUGAUUCUGUAGUGGGUCUGUCCCACAGUGGUGGUGACACGUGCAAGGGUGGGACCCAGGGCCAUGGCAGGGCACUCAGGCUCCUUCCCUCCAGCUCAUGAGACUCAGCUUAGAUGGAGAGAAGAGCUGAAAGUCAGAGUCCCUGGGUUCAUUUUCCAGCUCUGUCACUACCAGUCAGGUGCUCUGAGGCAGGUGAACUGUCUGGAUGAGAAAACAGAGAGUUCCUCGCUGCACGAUUGUGAGGA